AUGCCCCAAACAACAGUUAAUCCAAUCAUCCCGGGCUUUGCCCCAGAUCCAUCAGUCGUCUUGAUAGACGACACAUUCUUCCUCGUCAAUUCCACCUUUCACAUGUUUCCAGGCCUUCCAAUAUACGCCUCGAAGGACCUCAUAUCCUGGAGGCAGAUUGGAAAUGCCAUCAAUCGAAGAGCUCAGCUGAGCCUCCGUUUGUCUGAUACUUCACUCGUCCCCCUGGAAGAUCUUGGCGAAGUUAUGCUUGCAACCGGUGGACUAUAUGCUCCCACCAUUAGACAGCAUAAUGGCAUAGUCUACGUUGUCUGUACUAAUGUCAUUCACAAUGAGGGCUCGACAAAAGAUGUCACCGAAAAUUUCAUUGUGUCCACUCACGACAUCUGGUCUGACGAGUGGUCUGAUCCUGUCUAUUUCGAAUUCCAGGGGAUUGACCCCAGCCUCUUUUUCGACCAAGAUGGCAAAGCAUACAUACAUGGUUCUGCCGCUCCUGGCCCCAUGACCAAGAUCCAUCUUUUCGAGAUCAAUCUGGCCACAGGGAAGAAAAUAUCCGCGGAGAAGAAAAUCUGGGAUGGCACAGGCGGUAUUUACCCUGAAGGGCCCCACAUUUACAAGCGAGACGACUGGUAUUACCUUCUAAUAUCAGAGGGAGGCACUCAUGGAGACCACAUGAUUACUGCCGCGAGAUCAAGCGAUAUCUGGGGACCAUACGAGGAGUACGAACGGAACCCCAUUUUGACCGCAAAGGGUACAGACGAAUAUAUCCAGUACACUGGCCACUCGGAUGUUUUCCAGGACCAGAAAGGUGAAUGGUGGGGUGUAUGUCUCGGGGUCAGAAAAGACCAAGGCAAGAGGUUCAUCAUGGGCAGAGAGACAUUCUUGACUCAUGGAUCGUGGCCAGUUGGGCAGUGGCCGUCGCUAGACCGCGUCAAAUCUGACCCAACCACACUGUCGAGGACGCCGAGCCCUGAACAUAUCACCUCGAAAUCAAACGUGGACUAUCUUUACAUCCGCGAUGUUGACUUGAGCCUAUACAUUUAUGAUGACUCUAAAGGGACCAUAAAGCUCACUGCGACAAAUAUUGACCUUUCCCACCCUACCGACUCGCCGACGUUCGUUGGGAAGCGGCAACGACAGUUAGACGGUGCCAGUUCGGUGAGCCUUAGACUUGACGACCAAACACUGGAUUAUCAAGCAGGGCUGGUGGUCUAUAAAGAUGAACACCGCUACAUCAGGAUUUUUUACGACUCAUCCAAAAAGGCUGUGAUGGCGGAAAAGAAGAACAAGGCCAAGGAAUUGCACCGGGUGAUUCAGAGCGAGCUCACGGAGCCCGUUGGAGUGAUCGAGUUCCAGAUCACAUAUGCCGAGACCGAAUAUCGCCUGUCUUAUCGAGACAGAGGCGCUUGGAAGCAGGUCAUGCAUCUGGACACUUUAGAAAUGACUGAUCCUGACUUCGUGGGACCAGUGGUCGGUAUAUUUACGGUGGCAAGCAGUGGUUCUGUCGAGGUCGAGUUCUCGACCUUGAAAAUAGACUGA